GGAACGUCAGAGUAAAACUCGUGUCGUUUUGAUAAUUUAACAACUAACGUUGCGCUGUUUUUUAGUUACUUAGACACGGUGAGAAACACAAAAACUAUAGACGACGAAACGAUUCCUCAAACGCAGAAGUCUUCUCCUUCUCUCGACGGAUUAAGCUUUUACACAGAAGAGGAGAGAUAUGGAUCAGAUACUGAACAAAGUUGGCUCUUACUGGUUAGGGCAAAAGGCAAACAAAGAGUUCAAUUCCGUCGGUGACGAUUUCAAUUCAUUGUCUAGCAGUAUUGAAGGAGGUACCAAGUGGUUAGUCAACAAACUCAAAGGAAAAAUGCAGAAGCCAUUACCUGAAUUGUUGAAGGAAUUUGGUCUACCAGUUGGGAUCUUCCCACAGGAUGCUACAAACUAUGAAUUCAACGAAGAGACGGGUAAAUUGACUGUAUUCAUCCCUGAGACAUGUGAAGUUGGGUACAGAGAUUCAUCGGUUCUGCGGUUUUCAACUACGGUAACGGGUUACUUGGAGAAAGGGAAGCUAGCAGAAGUGGAAGGCAUGAAGACAAAGGUUAUGAUAUGGGUGAAAGUGACUUGUAUCUCAGCUGAUUCAUCAAAGGUAUAUUUCACAGCCGGGAUUAAGAAAAGCAGAAGCAGAGAUGCUUAUGAGGUAAUACGACCUGGUGUUGGUGUUGAUAAAUUCUAAAACUUAUAGAUCAAUUUUUAUGGGACAAUAAAGUUACAACUUCCUAAGUAAUGUUUUUGUGUGUAUGUUGUAGUACUUCUUGUGUAAAAAAAAAAUCUGAUUCAUCAAACCUUUACUUUUUAAUGUAUAAGAAUGUUGGUACUUGCUAGUUGUUACCAUAAAUAUAAUAAGGAGCGGAGCAGGGAACAACAUCCUUCGAACCAAUCCAGUCAUUAG